AUGAUUGUUUAUGAUGUUUCUGAUAUGGAGACCUUAGAAGGUUCGGCUGAACAUCAGGAAUGGAAAUAUUGUGAAUGCAUGGGGUUUCUCAAAUUGGUGUUUCGGACUUUGAAAUUUGAAUCUCGUGCACGGAUAAAUGAUACUAGUACAAGGGUGAAAGCACGCAUGAAACUGUGA